UUAUCACAUGAGCAAAAUAUUAUGUCUGCAAAAAAAAUUAUUUUACGUGAUUAUGAUGACAGAUAUAAGAAUAUAAUGUAACAGACAUUUCUGAUAUUAUUUAUUAUUCUCUAAAUGGUAAUAAAAAUUUUGCAGACGGUGCAAGAUUGUUAAAUUAUAUUUCUUUCGCGUGCAAGUGAUGCUGAUUGGUUAAUACACUGAAAUCGAUUAUGACCAACUACCGACGCAUCGAUAUAUCGGUACAUCCGUCGAGAAUCGAAAUUUGAACUUGCAACAGUAAUGGCGGAACACGGUACGAAUAAGUUGCGUUCAGCGGUACAGUCCGUAAAAAUUACUCAAGAAUACAUGUAUACGUUUGCGAAUAAAAGUCGCACAAGCGUGUUCGUCACAGAUAGCGAGCUAAUCCACACGGCGUUGUUAUUGUUUACAUUCUCGGGCAUAGUGAAACUUGUUCAAAUCUGUGGUGUCGUUUCGCAUUCGCUUGUAGACUUGUUCGAAGAAAGGCUUACGAUCAUCUCGACGAAGACCAUUGACAAGAAUUAUCGACGAAGGUUGUCAAUUUGGACAAGGACGAGGCGAGUUUGCGGUACCUGCAAAAUGUGACAAUGACUUGUUCGAAGAAAGAUUAUGAUCGUUUCGACGAAGACGAAAAUCACUGAUGAGGGUCAUCAUCACGGAAAUUAUCGACGAGAACCGUCUAGUUUGGACAGACGAGGCGAGUUUGCGGAGUCUGCAGAAUUGUGAGUCAGUACGAUGUUUUGUUCUUAUUUAAUUUGGAAUUACUCGCUCCAUUUUGUUAUCACAUCACGACUUCGAGCAUGUUACAGUUUUUCUAAUCAUUUUAUUACUACGUAAGCAAAGAAUUAUAUUUGUAAAACAUUCUUUUACAUACAUUCUUUACAUAUGACAGAUAUAAAAAUACAAUGAAGCAGACAUUCCUGAUUUUGUCUAUUAUUCUCAAUAACAAUACAUAUUUUACGGAUGGUGUAGAAUUAAGGUAACCCAAUAAUGAGUCGAAUCACAAUUUCAAGUUAUUAAUAUAUUAAUAUAUUAAUUUAUUAAUAUAUUAAAAAAGAACUCAUUACGAUUAAAACAUGGACAAAAUAU